AUGGAGUCGGAGCCACUGCCGCAGCGCAAGCACGUGGCCCCUCCGUCGUCCGUCUUCCCCGUGGACGACCGUCUGCUGCCCCGACUGAGCCUCUCGCCCGCGCAGCACGAGGAGCUGCGCGAGUAUGCGCUCCAAGCGGCGCGGGACACGAUCCGCGACGGACCGACGUGGGGCCGCUCGAACAUUGAGAGCGCUGUGGCCAGUGGCUGGAAAGUGCUGAAGGCGCGGCCGACGGCGUGUUUCAUGACCAAGAAACAGAGCAAGAAGAAGCACAAGCACAAGGAGAAGGAGAAGAAGAAGCAGCAGCAGCAGAGCCGCGAGCGAGCGGCCGCGCGGGAUGACGUGGCGCGUCGACCGCAGCGCGACGACAAACGAGCGGUACCGCCGACGCCGCGCGUGGCAAGUCUCGGGACGUUCCAAGGCAUGGACAUUGUCCAAAGUGCGUCGCCGCUGCACCUGUCACCGGCGAUGCCCGUGGAAGCGGCGAGGGGACAGCACUUUAUGGCGCACGCGGUGCUCCCUUACUCGCUAGAAGAUGUCAUGAACACACUGUACUGCGAACACACGAGCGAAAUGCGUGCGCUGAAGCAAAAGGCCUACGGUGAAGCCGCGCUGGAUUGCUGUGUCUUGCAGACGCUCGAGAGCGCGACGCUCGAGGACCCGUUCUGGUACCUUGGGCUCAAGUGGCUGGCACUGCGCUCUCCGAUGCAAGCGCUGAUGGCGAGCCGCGAGUUUGUCUACCUCGAGCAUCUCGGCACACAUGUGGAUCCCGAGACAGGACGGCGCAUGCUGUAUCGAGUCGUCCAGUCGAUCCACAUUCGAGGAUACGGUGGCGAGGACUCGUACUUUGGUCUCACGCGUGGGAACGUCGAAGGGGCUCUCGUCUACUGGAUGGACCACGAAAACGAAGUGAGGAACCCGCUGCUGCACGUGUGUGCCAAGGGUCGAAUCCACAUGAAGGGCAGUAUGCCGGAUACACUCGUGUACAGGUAUCUCAAGUCGAUCUGGCGCUCCGAGCGCUCGCUUUUCCCUGCCAACAGGUUGGCCGAGUCUUCGCUCGGCAUGAGCGUCAUGGAUGACAGCACUGACCGACCACCUGUAAAGAAGUCGAAGAAGAAAAAGUCACGACGACGUCGAAUUCCAAGCGGUUUGCCACUCGAGAUGGCCCAAGAGUGGGUGGCGGACGAGCUCCGUUCAAGCUGUUCCGUGUGCAACAAGAAGUUCCGUCUCGUGAGACGCUUUCGGCAUCAUUGCCGCGCCUGUGGCGACAUCAUGUGUCAUGACUGCACGUUCCAUCACCGAGUGAAUGUGCGCGCAGUUCAGAGCUUUCGCGGCUUGAAAGGAAGUGUCAUUCCCGCAGUAGUAUCCGCAGACCGAACUCGAGACGCAGCAGCCGCAAAGCACAAAGACUUACUGCCAACUGACUUUGAAGAGACCAUGACGUGUAGCUUUGACAAUCAGGUGAUGGGGGACGAAGCGAAAGGCGGCGCGUUUGAUGCGAGUAUGAGUCUCGUGGAUGCCAGGAAAGCGGUGAACGGUCCCGUGGAGACGGCUGUGCUUGGUGGCGAUUCCGUGGUAUGCAUAGUGAUGGCGAAGGUGUGUCUAUGGUGUCUACAGAAGGCUCCGCUCGCCAACAAUGCCAAGAGCAGAUCCACUUUGCGACGACGACAUAGCGAGAUGGCGAGCAACCGAGGAAUCCCUGUACCGAACACUAGCGGCACCAGAGAGUUUGGAAGGGAUGAGGGGCUGCCCCUGCGUCCGCAGUCCUGGACGCCCGACUGCAUGAAAGUCGAGGAGCUGGACGGAGUCAACGGCGACAAUGGGCAAACGUACGGCCGUGAGCAGGACCUUCCGAUGUUGGUGUUGGACGAUACAGACGCAGAGAGCGAAGAUGGUCUCGCGGAGCUAAGGCGGCUUGCAGGUUCGUGCGUGAACGACACGAGGCCCGGGAUGCCUAUGCACGUGGACCUUGGUGCGUACGCCCAGGAGUGGAAUGGUCAAGAGAAUGGCGCAGCGGACCAACAUGCGGACGAUGGCUGUGUAGUCAAUCUCCCGUCUGGUUUACUAUCGACUUCCUGUUCGAGUACGACGUCUUCUAAGAUGUACGAGUUCAUGGCAAGAGACGACUCGUACGGUUGUUGCUCGGAGCGCUAUUCCAGCCAAGGCAGCGUCGACACGUUUGAUGACAAUAGCUCGAUCCAGUUUUACCCAACGCAGAGUGCCAAGGCAUCGGACAAUGAGGAGUUGAAGCCAGUAGCAGCAAGUGGCAGCUCAGGGUCCAGCCCAAGCAGUUCCCUUGAGCUAAACGAGAACGGAAGAGAACCGAAUGCAGCUAUUGCUAAACCUGCGGUCAGCGCGGCUGAGAAAGAAGGGACAAGCCGACAGCGUGACGUACACGAAGAGGUCCUGCAGCCGAACCGACAAAGGCCAUCGCCAUCUGUGUCAAUGACCUCAGUUUGUAGCGAAGAGAAUGCAGACGAGAGCGAUGGCAUCGGUGGACGAAUGCACGACUUGUACCAGGCAGUUGCAAUGGCGAAGAGCUCGAUUGCAAGUCAAGCUCGAGUUCUGGACACGAUCAAACAAGAACGAACGAACGAGGCGCCUGCAUUCUGCUGCGUGGCCGGAGCCAUGUCGAAGGCGUAG